AUGACCAAGAUUGGGAUGAGGCGAAUUGUUAAAUGGAUUUCAUGCCUUGCAACGGUAUAUUUUGCGUACUCGUACAUGCAGCGACAUAGGUUCACGACUGCGACGGACGACACUGGCGGCACGGAGGCACAAUACGCCGUGGAGAAGGUGUUUCUGGAAUCCUGGCAGGACUACGUGGCGCAUGCGUGGGGGUACGAUGUGUUCAACGCGGCGUCCGGGCAGGGGCAAAACUUUGGCGAGAAGCCGCUGGGGUGGAUGAUCGUGGAUGCGCUCGACACGAUGAUGCUGAUGCAGGCGCACACGAAGGACGUGCGGCACCGGCUGCGGCUGCGGAGGGAGGUGGCGCGGUGCGAGGCGUGGAUCCGGGACGAGCUGGAUUACGACAUGAACACGGAGGUGAGUGUGUUCGAGACCACGAUCCGUAUGCUGGGCGGGCUGCUGUCGGCGCAUCACCUGGCGGAGACGCUGGGGGUGGGGACGCCGGCGGUGUACGCGGCGAAGGCGGAGGAGCUGGGCGCGCGGCUGGUGCCUGCGUUUCUGGCGUCGCCGGUGGGGAUCCCGUACUCGAGCGUGAACCUGCGCACGGGCGAGGCGGUGAAGAGCAUGGGGAUUGGCGAGGCGUCGCUGGCGGAGUUCACGACGCUGCAGCUCGAGUUCAAGCAGCUGGCGUAUGUGACAGGCAACGCGACGUACUGGAAGCUAGCGGAGGCGGUUUACAAGCCGUUUUUCCGGGAGAACGACUAUCCUGCGGCGUACGACGGCAUCGCGCCAGUCGGCGUGCUACCGGAUACGGGGAAGUUCUUCACGCCUGCGUUCAAGAUCGGCGCGCGCGGGGACUCGUACUACGAGUACCUGCUGAAGCAGUACCUGCAGACACGCGAGCCGCUGUACUGGAAGCUGUACCAGACCACGAUGACUGGCAUGGCGAAGCACAUGAUCGCGCGCAGCGUUCCGGACGACUAUCUAUACAUUGGCGAGCGCUACGGAACGCUGAGCGGCCCGUUCAUGCCGCAGAUGGACCAUCUGGUGUGCUUCAUCGGCGGGCUCUACGCGAUGGCCGCCACGGAGGGCGUGCCCCUGGCCAAGGCGGAGCAGCAGCCGUGGUUUGACGGCGAUCGCGCGUUGUAUUGGCAAAUUGCCGAGGAUGUGACGUAUACGUGCUACAGGACCUACCACGAGACGCCUACCGGGCUGGCGGCCGAGAUCUCGUUCUUCAGUGUGCGCGAGGAUGAGGCCCACGACAGCUGGUGGGAGAGCCCCUCCCGCAAUUUCUUCAUCAAACCGACGGACGUCCAGAACCUGCAGCGGCCCGAGACCGUAGAGUCCAUCAUGUACAUGUGGCACCUGUCGGGCGACAGCAAGUACCGUCAGUGGAACUGGGAGAUUUUCGAGGCGUUCCGCAAAAACACUGCGUACUACCGCCCGGACGGCUCGCUCACGUAUACCAGCAUCAAUAGCGUUGUCGCGGAGGGGCAAACAACGCCGCGCGACAACAUGGAGAGUUUCUGGCUCGCAGAAACCCUCAAGUACGUUUACCUGACGUUUGUCGAUGACUUCGACCUCUCAAAGGUCGUAUUUAACACCGAAGCACAUCCCCUCCCAGUGCUGGACCCAGAAGAGCUCGCCAGACGCGGUCUGGUGACCGGCUGGGAUCUGUAA